CCGCUUCCCGUCUAUGGACACAAACGAGGAGCCAGCACCCCGCGAGUUUUUCCCCGGCCUAUCGCGGAUGAUGACCCAGAUAGCCGCCGACCUGCGCCGUGGCUCUGCUGAGGCUGCCGCAGACGGCCCCGAGAACUGGGGCUCCCGCCCGCACAUCUUUGAGGCGGGGCCGAGCGCGAGCCCACCGCCUGUGCCCAGCGGAGAGUCGACCGACGGCGAGUCGGCCUGGGGAUCGCUCGGCAUCCUCGAGGGCUCCGACCGCCUUGGCGAGGAGAGCUCUGACCGCGUGAGUGACCUGCAGCGCAGCGCGCGGCCAGGGCUGUAUCCUCCGCUUUCGGCACAUGCAGGGCGCCGGGCGGUGCCUGGCGAACGGCUUCCGCCCGAGCUGCUCAUGUCCAGCUCCGCGAGUGCGAUCCUCGUGCCGACCUCGAGCAGCGGCCGGGAGAGCCUCGCCGAUCGGCUCACGCGGCGGCGCGUCGACUACGCGCUGCGCAACGGCGGCGCAAUCAAGCCGAGCGGAUCCUUCCUCGGCAGCUCCUUCACCGACAUCUUCUCCGCCAUGGCGGACCGCCGCCAGCUGCAGGUGGCCGAGUUUGGGUCGUCGGAGUGGGUGUUCCGCAAUACCGUCUCCUUCUGGGUGGG